CUACCAGAGCUAGUAUUUAGAGUCUGUUUGCAGUACAAGUCACAUUGGUCCUGACAACACGGAUACGACAAAGUGAAGAAUGCAAAGCUUCCUUUCCUUUAGAAUCUCACUUUAGUGGCAUACACGUAAAGUCAAGGCAAAAUAUCCCAGGUUUUAGUACGUCUGCUGAUUUCUGACAGAGUGCAGGGAUGGAGAUCGAGUCUAUGGCAGCAAACACUGCACUGAUCAGGGCUAGAGAAGGUGGUGGUGGCAAACACAAAGGAAGAAGCAGGAGAUGGAAAGAGCUGCUGCAGUUUCCUCACAUUAACAAGUGCGCUGAGCUGGAACAGAAUAUUGAACGAGACUACAAUAGCCUGUGUGUGGAACAACCUAUAGGAAAGGCAUUAUUCCAACUGUACUGUGAGACAAAACCAGACCUCAAAUGCUGCAUUGACUUCCUGAAUGAGACGGAUGAGCAUGAGGUCAUACCACCCGAGAAAUGGAAAAGCUACGGGAAUGAAAUUAUUUCAAAGUAUCUCAACUCAGAGUCUCCUCAAUUUGUGCAGGAGAUACCAGAAAAUCACCGGGACAUAUGCCAACAAAACCUAGAGGAAGACAUUUCUUACAGUCUCUUCAGAGACUGCAGAAAGGCACUGCAUGAAUAUUUAAGCAAACAGCCCUUCAAAGAUUAUCAGAAGAGCAUGUAUUUUGAUCGUUUCCUGCAGUGGAAGAUGGUUGAAAGAUACCCAGUCACAAGGAACUCGUUUCGAGAAUAUCGAAUUUUGGGAAAAGGAGGAUUCGGGGAGGUAUGUGCAUGCCAGGCUCGGGCAUCCGGAAAAAUGUACGCCUGUAAGAAACUGGAAAAGAAGCGCAUCAAGAAGCAGAAAGCAGAAAUCUUGGCGCUUAAUGAAAAGCAAAUCCUGGAGAAGGUGAACAGCAGAUUUGUGGUCAGUUUAGCUUAUGCGUAUGAGACCAAGGAAGCUCUUUGCCUGGUGCUGACCAUAAUGAACGGAGGAGAUCUGAAGUUUCACAUAUAUAAGAUGGGUUUUCCAGGAUUAAGCAAGGAAAGGGUGCAGUUUUAUGCAGCUCAGGUCCUUUGUGGCUUGGAUCACCUUCACCAAAACAAUGUUAUUUACAGGGAUUUAAAGCCUGAAAACAUCCUCUUGGAUGAUUACGGUCACAUACGCAUAUCUGACCUGGGCUUGUCAGUAUUCAUAAAAGAAGGAGAAGUCAUUCGUGGCAGAGUGGGAACAGCUGGAUACAUGGCUCCAGAGGUCAUUAGUGACAAGUACUACAAUGUCAGUGCUGACUGGUGGGGUCUCGGAUGUCUCAUCUACGAGAUGACCGCAGCGACUCUUCCGUUUCGUGAGCGCACUGAGCGGCUGCACCGCAAGGAGCUGGACAAAAGAGUGCUGGAAACCACAGAGCGCUACGGGGUCAGGUUUACAGGGGACACCAAAGACAUUUGCCAAGCGCUCUUGGCCAAAAAUCCAGAGGAAAGACUGGGAUGCGGUGCUGGUGGUGUAACCGACAUUAAAAAUCACCCAUUCUUCAAGGAGAUGAACUUCAGGCGGUUAGAGGCUGGAAUGCUGCCACCCCCUUUUGUGCCAAAUCCAAGAGCCGUAUACUGUCAAGACGUUGUGGAUAUCGACCAGUUCUCCACAGUGAAGGGAAUCAACCUUGAUGUAAACGAUGAAGACUUUUACACAAAGUUCAACACAGGCAGCAUGGCCAUCCCAUGGCAGAAUGAGAUGAUUGAAACAGAGUGUUUUAAGGACCUGAAUGUAUUCGGCCCAAACAGCACAAGGACACCAGAUCUUGAUCGUUCAAUUCAGGUUGGCCAGAGCCCUAAAUCUCAUGCUAAGAGCAUGCGACAGCAGCAGUCGAGUUCCAAACCCAGGCUGAUUGAUAAAAUCUUCAAAAGACACAACCGUGCUGAACCCACAGAGCUGAAGAGCAAACCUUCAAGGAAGAAUACAGAUGAGCUUCGAAUGAACUUACUAGACUCUUCAUAUGAGACCUUGUAAAUACAGUGUCUAUAAACUGAUCAAGUUUCUACAGAGAGGUAAUAAAUUUAAAAGGAUGUGCAGCUAGUUAAAUGUAACUAGGAAUUAAACUAGCAGGCUUGGUGCUGAUAUUUUAUGGAUCGUUGCCACAGUGUGAAGGAGUAAAUACCUGCCUUAUGAUUAUUCUUACUUUUUUUUUUUCAUUUGUUUUAUACUGUUACGUCUUCUCUAAAUAUAUGACUGAAAAUCAGUGAAACAAUUUUGUAGUUUGUCUUUGUGCUUAUUAUUUAGUAAGCUGAAACACACUUUCAUCACCAUCAUUUCAAGAAUUAAAUUAACGGAGACUUUCACA